AGGAGGAGAGGGGUGGUUUAGGUGGUGUAGGGUAGUAAAGGGUGGUGUAGGAGGUACAGGGGGCUAUGUGGUGUUCUGUAGCGCUGAUAUGAGACCCUGUUCAUCGCCUUUAUUCUCUGUAUUUUAUGUUUUAACCUCGCAGUUAUGAGACCCGCUGUGUUAGUGCUUAAGCGGCUGCGCUUCACUCAGAUCCGCCUGCAGCACCGCAGUGCCUGUGAUGUGGCCGUAGUUGGAGGAGGGAUUGUAGGUCUGGCAUCAGCGAGAGAGCUCAUCCUCAGACACCCCAACCUCACCUUCACCCUGCUGGAGAAAGAGAAGGAGCUUGCUCUUCAUCAGACGGGUCAUAACAGUGGAGUGAUCCACAGUGGGAUCUACUACACACCUGGAUCUCUAAAAGCACGUCUGUGUGUGAGAGGAGCAUCUCUGGCCUAUUCCUACUGCGACCAGAAAAACAUUCCCUACAGAAAAUGUGGAAAACUGAUCGUGGCGGUGGAGAGGGAGGAGAUCCCCCGUUUGAAGGCUCUGUAUGAGCGCGGGCUGAAAAAUAAUGUAAAAGAAUUAUCUAUAAUCGAUGCCCGAGCCAUCCGAGAGAGAGAGCCCUACUGCAGGGGGAUCAUGGCUCUGGACUCCCCUCACACUGGGAUUGUAGACUGGCGUUUGGUGUCUCUAACCUAUGCAAAAGACUUUCAGGAGGCUGGUGGAUCAGUAGGAACGGGCUUCGAGGCUUCAGACAUUGCAAUGGCAACAGAAAGUCCAGCUAGCAGCACUGAGGGUCUGAAGUUCCCACUCGUUAUCAGGAGCUCGAAGGGGGAGGAGGUGAGGUGUCGGUUUGUGCUGACCUGUGGAGGUUUGUACUCUGAUCGUCUCUCAGAGAUUUCAGGCUGUAGUCCGGAGCCUCGUAUCGUCCCCUUCAGAGGUGAUUAUCUCGUACUGAAACCAGAGAAGAACUACCUCAUCAAGGGCAACAUUUAUCCUGUCCCAGAUCCACGGUUUCCGUUCCUGGGCGUGCAUUUUACCCCUCGUAUGGACGGAAGUGUGUGGCUGGGGCCCAACGCUGUACUGGCCUUUAAACGGGAGGGAUAUAAACUAUACGACUUCAAUGCUAAAGACUUCACAGACGCGCUGUCCUUCAGAGGUUUACAGAAGCUGGUGCAGAAGAAUUUGGUGUAUGGAGUGGGGGAAAUGUACAGGGGGGUGUUCCUCAGUGCACAAGUGAAGAUCCUGCAGAAAUACAUACCGGAACUCAGCAGCAGUGAUAUCGUCAGGGGACCGUCUGGAGUAAGGGCGCAGGCUCUGGACCAUGAGGGGAACCUGGUGGAUGAUUUUGUUUUUGAUGGAGGUGUGGGGGAGCUGGGCAGCCGUGUGCUGCACGUCCGCAAUGCACCGUCUCCCGCAGCAACCUCCUCCCUCGCCAUCGCCGAGAUGAUCGCAGACGAACUGGAGGCGCGGUUCAAACUGUAGACACACAACCCCACACACAGAGAGACAUCAGACUGAGAGAACAGACAUUAUUUACUACAAAUAUCAUAUAAGGGGUGAUUCUGUCACAGAUCUAACUCAUACAGUUUUCCCCCUCUUUCACAUUAAUCACAGCACAUCAUCCAGUAGACUAUCAGAACAUCUGUAAACAUCUGUAAACAUGGAAUACAGAACUGAUGAACUUUAGCUGUUGACGCUUUGUGUUUAACAGCGUUUCAUCUUUCAGUUCAUGAUCUAUAAAACAUCAUCAGAGACUACAAAAACAAUUCUAUCUGAUAUUACUGUGGUGGUUUGGGCCUUCAGUAAGCAGCAGUGCUAAUAAAUAAUCACAAUCCCAAAGCCUCACCAAGUUCAGUACAUAAACCACAAUGCCUUUAAACAUGCAGCAUUACAUUGCAAAAAUUACUUGUUUUCUUGUUUGUUUAUUUAUUGGCUGCUGCGUGGGAAAUAAUUACUAAACUCUUGGGACACAUUAGAUCAUUAAUUAUAUUUAAUAUUUGGUUGUGUAACUGAAUGUGGAGCAGGACCAAUAUUGGAUGUCCUGAUUUCUUUUUCUGAUAUCUUUUGUUAUUUGAAUUUUGCACAUCAAUAAGAGAUUUUAAGGCUCUGUUUGUUAGUUUGGGAAUUAUUGAGCAUUAUUUUCUUUUAAACAUAAAAUAAUACAAAAAUAUUUUUGUAAUGAUGUGGGAGUUUUUCCAAGUGGAAUGUAAUAACUGUUGUGGUGCUGUUUUUUUUUUUGCCAUUUUCUUAAUUUAGUUGUUAAGAAAGAUGAUUUUAUUAAGUGUGACAAAGGAUGCAUAUUUUUGCCAAUAAAAUAUAAUAACUAAG